AUGACGAAGCCAAAAAUGGGCUACGAAACGAAAUUAUCCGCCAUCUUCGAGCUCUGGCAAAGCGAGAACGACGCCAUCUACAUACAAAAAUCAGGGGUAUGCGGCUAUUGCUCUGUAUGGAGUAUUUGUGCGGGCAGCCUCGAGAGAAUCCCAACCAGGGAGGGGCAACCAGCAGCCACCGGACCCGGAGGGUGCGGUGGAUGGGGUGGAUGGGGAUGGCAGGCCACCACCACCACUAAGAUCAUACGCAACGUCUCGGCCACCAACAAGGAUGCUCUGGCCAAGCCGGACUUCGACUACACUGUCAACGAUAAUUAG